CGAACUCCGAGUAGCGAGUAACAUCGAUCGAAUGUUGUGUCGACGUUUUUACAUAAAUAUAAGUCAACGGGAAAUAAAGCGCGUUGUUAUAGCAACUAUCUGUUAUAUCUGAUCAUUGAAUCUUAUAGUAGUGAGAAAAUCGAUCCGCGCUCACACACACACACACAUUUACAGUGGUUCUUCGCGUGUCGCUCACGCUUCACGUCUCGCAACAAUCGGCCUGUAACAUAACCUCGCGGAGGUUCGUGAACUGCUGUGCAAAAUGUCACGCUUGUGCAGUUUGAAAUUAUAUUCAAUACUGAAUAGCACAAAAACAUCGGCCGCGCUUUCUAGUAAAUUAUAUUUCACAAAUAGAUUAAAAAAUACGCCUCAUACAAGUCGUGCCUGCAUGUGCACUUAUCCGCUAAAUGGAUUAUUGAAUAGAAUAUUUCCUACUCAUCCACUAACAGUAGCAACAAUCGCAAGAGAAAAAUAUGUGACAUUAAGAUGUGGCAUUAAGUCUAAUAAAAAACGUUUCAAAUAUCUUCAAAUGCUUUUGGGUAGUUUUGGGCUCAUAGCGGUGUCUUGUGAUUAUUCACCUUAUAAAGAGGAAAAAUUUCUGCAUGCUGCCCAAUAUGGUAAUGUUCUGGAACUGAAGAAAGCUAUAGCGAAUGGCGUCAAUGUAAAUAGCAGGCAUUCAUUGGGUUGGACAGCAUUGCAGGUUGCUGCUAUAAAUGGACAAGCUGAGAUUCUAAAAAUUCUGUUGGAUAAUGGUGCUGAUAUAAAUGCAGGAGAUGAAUUUACUAAUGUGAAUAGACUUUCUACGAAGAAAGGCAUGAAUUUUAUGGAAGUUCUUAUGAAGAGAGAAGAAGAAUUUUCCAGCAGACUAAACAAUGCAGCUACUUUUCAAGGUUUCACAGCAUUACACUACGCUGUGCUGGCUGAUUCAAAAGCAUGUGUGAAGAUAUUGUUGGAUAAAGGAAUAGACCCAACAAUAGAGAAUGAAGCAGGACAUCGAGCGAUUGAAUAUGCUAAAGAAGAAAUCAAAGAAAUGCUUACUGAGUAUACUAUUAAAUAUGAUGAAUUGUUGAAAGAAAAAGAAGCAGAGGAACGACGUAGAUUUCCACUGGAGCAACGUUUGAAGCAGCAUAUUGUAGGACAAGAAGGACCAAUUUCUAUUGUUGCUUCUACUAUCAGAAGGAAAGAAAAUGGUUGGAUAGAUGAAGAGCAUCCACUAGUAUUCCUCUUCUUGGGUUCAUCAGGCAUUGGUAAGACGGAAUUGGCUAAGCAGUUAGCAGCUUAUAUUCACAAAAAUAAAACAAAUAGUUUUAUUCGAUUGGACAUGUCUGAAUAUCAGGAGAAGCAUGAAGCUGCAAAAUUAAUUGGCGCACCGCCGGGAUAUAUAGGACAUGAUAGUGGUGGCCAGUUGACGAAACUUCUAAAACAAUGUCCUACUGCCGUGGUAUUAUUCGAUGAGGUUGACAAAGCGCAUCCCGACGUUUUAACUGUGUUGUUACAACUUUUUGAUGAGGGAAGGCUGACCGAUGGUAAAGGAAAAACGAUCGAAUGUAAAGAGGCUAUUUUCAUAAUGACAUCAAAUUUAGGAAACAAAGAAAUUGCUGAGCAUGCAAUACAACUCAGAGCAGAAUCUGCAAAACUGUUAAAACAUAGAUUAGAAAACACUUCUGAUGAAGAUCAGGAGCCAGAACGUAUUGAAAUCUCUCGCAAAUUUAAGGAUCAAGUGGUACGUCCAAUAUUGAAAGCGCAUUUUCGAAGGGACGAAUUUCUAGGAAGAAUAAAUGAGAUUGUAUAUUUUCUGCCAUUUUCUCGGGCGGAAUUAUUAAAAUUAGUCACACGAGAAUUGGAGGCUUGGGCUACACGUGCCAAAGAGAGACACAUGAUUGAAUUGAAGUGGGACAGAGAGGUACUAUCAGUAUUAGCGGAUGGAUACGAUGUUCAUUAUGGCGCUCGAUCCAUCAAGUAUGAAGUAGAAAGGCGUGUUGUUAAUCAAUUAGCUGCAGCUCAUGAACGAGGACUAAUUAGUAAAGGUUGCUGUGUAUUAUUGAAAACCCAGUGGCACGAGAAUGUUGCGAGUAUAACUCUUUCUGUUCGACAAAAAGAUUUAAAAAAUUUUGUUGAUAUCGCAGUAGUGGAUGAUUUAAUAAAAAAUAUAAAGUUAAAAUUUUAACAACAGAGUCUCCAUAAAACGCAAAAUUUUGGCAUAUUUGUAUUCUUUCUUUCU